AUGCUGACCAAAUCAGAAGAACAAAAACAAAGAAAUGCCACCCAAAUCAGCAGGCCUAAUAGCAUCAGGACUGCAUGGUUAGGGCAAUCAGUAGUGAGGUCUUGCCAGCAGUCUGGUGAGCAGUGCUCUUUUGAGGGCCCCUGCUGCUCCGACCCCGGCGCCGGCCGCUCCGGCCCCUGCUGCUCCGGCACCGGCGCCGGCCGCUCCGGCCCCUGCGGCUCCGACCCCGGCGCCGGCCGCUCCGGCCCCUGUUGCUCCGGCACCGGCGCCGGCCGCUCCGGCCCCUACGGCUCCGACCCCGGCGCCGGCCGCUCCGGCCCCUGCUGCUCCGGCACCGGCGCAGGCCGCUCCGGCCCCUGCGGCUCCGACCCCGGCGCCCGCCGCUCUGGCCCCGGCCGCCCCGGACCUGGCCGCUCCGGCCCCUGCGGCUCCGACCCCGGCGCCCGCCGCUCUGGCCCCGGCCGCCCCGGCUUGGGUGGAGGUUGGGAGACGGCGCCGCCCGAGCCUGGAGAAGCUCAGGCGGAGGCGCUCGGCGCUGAGUUACAGGCCUUGUUCGCUGCUCGUCUUGAGGUGUUGUUCAAGCCUCUUCAAGACUUGGUUGCUGCUGUGGAGAGUUGGACUGCUCAAGUCUCAAGCCUAUGGGAACCUAUGGAAGAUAUCGGGGGCAGCCAAGACCUUGCCAAUGUUGAAUCUGCUCCUCCUGCUGUGGCCGUUGGUGAGGAUUGCAGUGCGCUUGUUGUGGCUGGCUGCUCAGCUGAGUUGAGUGAGAAGGCUCAGUCCGUUGAUGAUCCGCCUGCCUUGGAAAAGGUCAUGCUCGAGGAUGAUCCUCCUGACUUGGCUUCUGUCCUACCCGGGAUGUCGACACUGGAGGAGCCGAAGGUUUCCAGUGCUCCUUGCACCGGGAAGCCUUCAAAGGAGCUGAUCCAGAUGGGUGCAGAUGAGCCUCUUGGGAGAGCCUCCUCUCCGCGGGGGGAGUUCCUCGAAGAGCUUGCUCUCACUGUGUCGAGCUCGCCUCAAGUUUUGCAGAUGUACAAGAAGGAACACACGCCCAAGGUGAUCGAGGCGGUGCACGCAUUAGUUCAGGCCAAUGCUUGA